UCUUUGCUUCCAAACAUGUUUUCUCCUUACGGUGAUUCUUCUUGGGUUUUGAGACUCUUCAUCGUAUUAGUCGUUUUCUUUCUCAGUUCUUCUCAUUCUUUGUCAUGGUCGUUGCACCCUUCACAUAUCAACUCCAUGGCCAUGCACAAAAGCAAAACUGCAAUCUCAGAUUUCCGGCUGUUAAAUAGAAGAACGUUGAUGGAGUGCCCGGACACAAGCCCUUUUCUCCAAGUUAAUGUCACUUCGAAUUCCAAACUUUCAGAUGAAGAAUAUCUCACGGUUACCGUUAGUGGAGUUUUGUUUCCUUCGGACCGUGAUUGGGUCGCCAUGAUUUCACCUUCUCAUUCUAAUGUUGAAAGUUGUCCAUUCAAUGAGGUUCUUUAUGCACAAACUGGCGAUCUUAGCACACUACCUCUACUCUGCCAUUAUCCUGUCAAGGCAAUGUACAUGAAGAAUGAUCCAGGCUAUCUCAGUUGCAAGAAGAAACAAUGCAAGAAACAUAGCAAGGGUAAAUGUGUAGUGACCAGUUGCAGUGGUGCGUUAACAUUUCAUGUUAUUAACAUCAGAACCGACAUCGAAUUCGUGUUUUUUGGCGGGGGAUUCGAGACCCCUUGCGUUUUCAGUAGGUCUGGCCCUAUCAGUUUUGCCAAUCCAGAGAAGCCAUUGUAUGGACAUAUCUCAAGUAUAGAUUCAACUGGAAGAUCGAUGAGAUUAACAUGGGUUAGUGGCAAUAUGGAACCUCAACAAGUACAAUAUGGUGAUGGAAAAACACUGACAUCAGAAGUUACUAAAUUUUCACAAGAUAAUAUGUGUAGUUCAACUUUACCAAGUCCAGCAAAGGACUUUGGGUGGCAUGACCCAGGAUACAUUCAUUCUGCAGUAAUGACAGGACUUGAACCUUCAAGCACCUUCUCCUACAGAUAUGGAAGUGACUCGGCUGGUUGGAGUGAACAAAUCCAAUUUCGAACUCCACCUGCAGGAGGAUCAGAUGAGCUCAAGUUCUUAGCAUUCGGCGAUAUGGGAAAGGCUCCUCGUGAUGCUUCUACCGAGCACUACAUUCAACCAGGGUCUCUCUCAGUGAUUGAAGCCAUGGCCGAUGAAGUAGAUUCUAACAAGAUAGACUCAAUCUUCCACAUUGGAGAUAUAAGCUAUGCCACGGGCUUUUUAGUUGAAUGGGAUUUUUUCCUUCACCAAAUAAGCCCUGUAGCAUCACGAGUUUCUUACAUGACUGCAAUUGGAAACCAUGAGAGAGAUUACAUAGACUCGGGAUCAGUAUAUAUUACUCCUGAUUCAGGAGGAGAAUGCGGAAUUCCAUAUGAAACUUACUUUCCCAUGCCAACGCCAGCAAAGGAUAAGCCAUGGUAUUCCAUAGAACAAGCAAGCGUUCACUUCAUAGUGAUUUCUACUGAACAUGAUUGGUCACAAAAUUCUAAGCAGUAUGAGUGGAUGAAAAAGGACAUGGCUUCCGUUGAUCGAUCAAAAACUCCUUGGUUGAUUUUCAUGGGGCAUAGACCAAUGUAUUCUUCCUCAGAUAAUGCCUUUAGCGUCGACGAAAGAUUUGUUGAGGAAGUAGAACCGUUACUCUUGGAAAACAAAGUUGAUCUGGUUCUCUUUGGCCAUGUACAUAAUUAUGAGAGAUCUUGCUCGGUUUACCAAAACGAAUGCAAGGCUUUGCCAAAAAAAGAUAAAAAUAGGAUAGAUACAUAUGAUCACGACAAUUAUAAUGCCCCAGUGCACGCAGUUAUUGGCAUGGCUGGAUUUACCCUGGACGAGUUCCCAAAUCUUGUGGAUAGCUGGAGUCUAUCUAGGAUUUCUCAGUUUGGAUAUUUGAGAGGGCAUGCAACAAAGAAAGAAUUAAACUUAGAGUUUGUAAAUUCAGAUACAAAGAAAGUUGAAGAUAGCUUCCGCAUCAUCAAAACUCAAGGUUCCUCAUGAAAGAUUGUGGUUACAGAGAGAAGAGAUGGAGCACCUUCUCCCGCUGCAAAAUAUAUCUUGGAACUUCUUUACAAAAAAAAAAUAAAAAUGUUGCUGUGUUUUGUGGAAAUAUUUCCCAACUCUUUGAUUACUUGAUGAGCUUCAAUGAAAUAUAAAUCCAUACUCAUUAUUUCAUUCAA